AUGGUAAAUCAACAAAGCUUUAAUUUUGAGUGUGAUGAUAGAUUUGGUAAAAGAAUUGAAUUGCUUCUUUCCUUCUUGGAGAGUGAACAAGCGAUUACCAUGUCAUGUACCUUCAAUUAUCAUCAAUAUUUAUUUAGAGAGGAAAAUUCAACAUUGAUUCAUUUCAAAUAUUACAAGACAUGUUUGAUGAUGAAUAAAAUCACAUGUUCCACAGCAGUUGGAGAAUCGAUCACCAUAAAGGUUGGUGAAUCUGGUUCUGAUGAUCAAUAUAUGGUAUUUAAUCUUGUUAAAGAAGAGAAAGACAAUAGUGAUAAGUUAAACACCAUGUUUGAAAUUAUGAUGAAGGAAAUUACAGAGCUGAAGGAGAGACUAUGGUACACAGAUAGAGAUUUAAACAAGUUGUCUGAAAAGUAUGUCUCUAAUUGGGACCAACUUACAAAUAGACAAAGAGAAUUGGUAUCAUUGAAAAGAACUAAUAAGAAAUAUCCUAAUCUUAAUCAAUCAAGUGUUAACACAACCGGAUUCGGAUACCAAGUUACAAGAUUCGCACAACAAUCAAUUUCUAAUAAUUUCCAAUACAGUAUAGAGAAUUUGGAGCCUAUUAUUAUAUAUUUCAAGCAUCCAAUUGAAUUUUCAAAGAUUGAAUGCUCAGUUCAGGUUCAGGAAAUUACUGGAAAUGAAGAUAUUCAUAUUUAUGUAUAUGGUGUUAUCCAACCAAAAGGAGUAGUGAGAAGUGCUAACCCAAUUAAUGGUGAUAAGCUUGGAUCCUCUGUUGGACAAUUGUUAACAAAGAUAUAUACUGAACCUAAAGAGGAAUUCUUAUUGAUGCCUAAACUGGAUUUUCUAGAAGCUCAACCAACAAAACCUAACACCAUAACAUCCAUUCAAAUCAAGUCUUCAUUGCCAUAUGAUGGUAUUGCACUCGCUGCAAGAAAGGCACACAAUUUCACUGAAGCAUUUUCUUUUUCCAAUGUCAAGAUAUUUUAA